CUAGAUUUCUUUUUUGGCCGGUAUACUUUAUUCUAUUCUAUACAAAACAGGCUAUGAAAAAAUGAUUAACACCAAUCGAAUAAUGAUGAUGACGAUGAUUUUCAUAAUAAUGAUCCUCUUCUCCUCUGCUCUUCUCGCUCGCAAUCUACAAUUUGACAAGUCUUACAGGAAUAAUAAUGGUGAAGAAAUGUUACCAUCUUCAUCGUUAUCAUCGAAUCUGUCUUCAAAAUAUUCAUCAUCAUCUUCAUCAUCAUUGUUAUUAUCACCGCUUCAAAACAACCACGAAAUUAUCAACCAACAUCUGAAAAAAAGAUUCAUCAGAUCUUACAGAAACAACUACAUAAGCAACAACAACAACAACAAUGAUGACGAUAAGGAUGUCAUCUACAACAACAACCACCCAAGACUACAAGCAGCAACCAUCACAACUACUACUACUACUACUACAAUCAUCAUCAUCAUCAUCUCCAUCUUCUUCAUCACAUCAACAAUUAUUUACAGCCUGGGAUGUCUCAGCUGUCCUCUCUUCAAUUGGCUCCAUCAUAAAAAGACUUCAUCGCCGUCAACUUACAUUGGACAAAUAGACCUGAACGACAUCAGAGCGCAGUAUGGUAGGAACGUCGACAGCACCCUCAUAAUUAGAAACGACAACAGCAGCAGUAUACCGAACCAGCACAUCCCUAAAAGUGGCCGCCGUCACGAUGACGUCAUCCCUAACGACGUCACUGGUACUAAUAAUGCCUACAGUAACAGGGGGUUUUCAAUCGGUGAGUUGGAGACGAUGAAGAUCCGGGGGGAGACUGGCGGACUGUACUACAGCGCUGAAAAGAGAAAAUAUAAUGAAAAUAAUAAUAAUAAUAGUAAUAAUAAUAACAGUAGUAACAAUAAUAGUAAUAGCAAUAAUAACAAUAAUAAAAGUAAUAAAAGGAUUGAUAAAAAAAAUAAUCAGCGUAGUGUGGAUGACGUCGUCAUAUUCAACAAAUACGCCGAAGAAGUUACUUUAAAUAGGAAUGAUAGUAAUAAUAAUAAAAAUAAUAAGAACAAUAAUAACUUCAGAGACCAAACCAAUAAUGGUAUGGACAUAUCUAGCUAUAUGAUACACAAUGCUUAUGCUACUGCUAGUUAUAGUAAUAAUAAUAAUAAUAAUAAAAACAACAACAACAAUAAUAAUAAUAAUAAUGAGAAUGAGGUUAAAAUGCACAGAAGAAGUCGUUCAGCUGGUGUCAGCAAGACGACAAAGACUAAUUUGGGGUUUUGCUGCAACUGGAUCGUUUUGUGA